AUGGCUGAUGAUAGCUUAGAUGAGAGUGGUAAAACAUUAGAGCCAAAAUACUUAACAAAACAGACUUUGUUUCCCGUAAUCGGAGCUAGUAAGAGUAAGGGGUCUGGUAACCUUCUUUUCCCAUGUUCUUCUUUUAAAGUUGAUGAACGCGCGGCAGGUAUUGGUAAAGGUAAGGGGAAAGUUUUCCGCGUUAUCACGACUUUUUUUUAUUCCCCACAUUAGACAAAGAACCUUAUUUCAAAGUCCAUAAAACCGAUUAGUUAGUGAAUUAUCGGUUUAUCGUGCACUCCUUUAAACUUAGUUAGUCCGUUAAAGUUAUACAAGUGAAGAAUUAUUGUAUUAACCACAUAUGUUACUGGUCAUUUGGUCUGGAAACCCUGAUGGCUAUCCCUUAAGUGUGUUUAUAGUGAGAAUAUAAUUAGAUUGAAGACUACUUAUACACUAGAGGUGUUUUCUUUGUUAUAUUCGUUGGGGUUUUGUAUGUCUCGAGGAAUCUCUCUUGAAUAUUCUUUUUUUACAAUGAUUUUUAAUGGUGCUUAUUUUAUUUUCCUAUCUUUUUUCAAAGGAGACAAUCAACCAAGCUGGCUUAGAAAUGAAAGCUACAAGGAUGUUUCAUUUAAUAAAAGUGAUCAAGGUGAUACUAACAUCAAGGAUCAGAGACAGCUCCCAUAUGAAUUUUCAGAAGACACUGAUCACCAGUUUCUGGGACCAGAGAAGCGUACUUACUCUGAAAUCCCCAGUUCAGAAGAUGAAGAAAGAGAACAUUAUGGGAAAGAACAUGAUAGGAAGGAGAGUUCAAGGAGACACCAUCAUGAUAAAAGGAAACACAAGCAUAAAAAGAAACACAAGCAAAAGCAUGAUAAAUCGGAGAAGAAGGCUCGGAUCAGUGAUGAUAGUGAUAAGCCUGAUACAAUUUGGAGAGAAGAAGCUCAGCUCAACCCUGAGAAAGCUUACAGACUGAGUAAAAAACCUGAUUUAGCAAAUCGUAUGUAUGACUCUUUAUACCGACUGGAUGUUGCGUUGUAUAAGAUGAAGUCAAAUUUAACUUGUCUUGGCAUCAGCAAACAUCAAGUUAUUGAACUGUCUGAAAAGCGAGGGAAGAAAAGCAAAAAGACCAGAGAUAUCAUUUCCAGAUAUUGGAACAUAAAAGAUGAUAAGCUAGAUGAAGUUGAGGAGGGAAUUCCUACUACAAUGCCUUGUGUGUUAAAAAGCAAAGAACUGGAUGUUUCUUUUAGUAAUAGCAGUGGUUAUAUUUCCCUUGAGUUACGUGAGGCAUCUGAGAAAGUAAGAAAUGAUCACUCUGUAGAUGCAGUGAAAGAAUCAAAAUAUACUGAUGCUGAUUGUCAAGACUUUGAAUUGCUCGAAAAAACUGCUGAGCUCAACAAAAUUUUACGUGAAAAUCCCCAUGACAUUCAAGCAUGGCUUGAUCUUGUUAAUUUCCAAGAAGAGGUUGUCUGGAAGGAAGAUUCUGUUAAAUCAAGCUUUACAGCAACUGGGCGUGAAAAGAGAAAAGCUGCUACAAGAACUAUCAUAGAGAAGAAAAUUGCAGUCUUUGAAAAAGCACUUCAACAAAAUCCAUCCUCUGUAGAACUGAUAAUGGGCCACUAG